AUGAACUGGACGGCCGCGACGUGCUGGGCCCUGCUGCUGGCCGCUGCGUUCCUCUGCGACGGCGGCGCGGCCAAGGGAGGCCGAGGCGGGGCGCGGGGCAGCGCCCGGGGCGGGCUCCGCGGGGGCGCGCGCGGGGCCUCAAGGGUGCGCGUGCGGCCGGCGCCCCGCUACGGCUCCUCCCCGCGCGUGGCAGCGGCGGGGGCUGCGGCCGGGGCGGCGGCGGGGGCAGCGGCGGGCUUGGCCGCGGGCCCUGGCUGGAGGCGCGCGGCGGGGCCGGGGGAGCGCGGCCCGGACGAGGAGGACUUGGCGUCCGGAGGUAACGGGACGGGCGUCUACAGCUACUGGACCUGGACUUCAGGCGCGGGGUGCUCGCGGGGCCCGCGCCUCUACCUGCUGCUGGGCGGCGCCCUCGCCCUGCGGCUGCCGCGGCCCUAG